AUGGCCCCUCUCGGCGCUUUAUUCGGCGGUUUGUUUGGUGGUGACAGCAGCAGUAGUUCUUCAGAUGCCAAUGCCAGCGCCGACUCGUCGAACUCGAACACAAACACUGCCAGCGGCGGAGCGGGAGGAUCUGGAGGAUCCGGAGGUGCGGGAGGACAAGGAGGCUCGGGAACUGGUGGCAAUGCGGCCGGAGGACAGGGCGGCAGUGCGGCCGGGAAUACCAAUGGACCCAUAAACACUGGUGGCGCUACGGGAAACUCGGUCAGCGGCGUCACAAGCCAGAGUAACGGGGGAAACACGGCUAUUGGGCCAGUCUCAGGUGGCAACGCUCAAGGCGGCCAUGCUGACGGCGGCGACGCAGACGCUGAUGGGGGAGACGCCAGCGUCGGCGGUCUCGAGAACGGAAACACUAGUGUCGGUCCUCUAUCCAACGGGAACACACACGUUAACGAUGAGUUCAACCCGACUUUCAACCCCACGAUAUCACUCAAUCUGCAGGGCUUUGGAGAUUGCUACAACGACCCACAACACGGGCAAAUGUAUGGACAGGGCAUGGCAGCACGCGCUGGACAGCAGCAGCAUGGUGGACAGCCUCAAUAUCCCGGACAACAGCCCUACGACCCGCAGCAUGAAGACUACGACGACCCAUCGCAGUAUGACCAGCAGUAUCCGCAACAACACGAAGACGGCAGCGCAGGACAAUGGCAGCACGAUCCCAGCCAAGGAGGUGCCGGCGGCGCUGCCAUGGGGAUGGCUUCCAUGGGGAUGGCUUCCAUGGCGACGCAAGGGUCUCAAGGCUCGAUGCAUCCCUCCCAGGUCGGCGCCAUGGGCAUGGGCACCGGCAUGGACGAGUCCGACCACUACUAUCCCGAGCAUGAAAUGGACGAUGGCACCAUGGGAGGAACAAUGACCGGUAUGGAUGCAGAUAACGAACACUACGAAGGGUAUCCGGGAGAGGGCGAGGAAGAGGACGAGGAGGGAAUGGAAGGCUACGACCAGGGCUACGGACAGCAGCCUCAGGCCGUCUACUAG